AUGAAAGGAUUCAGAGAAACGCUCGCUCCGAUCGGCUACUGCGGUAAACGACCGUGCGCACCUCACCCACCCACACGCAGCGAGAUAAGCCGUCGGGAAAGAGAGACAACAACGCGCGCUUCCAAAAUCCCUCCCAUCUACGAACGUCCAACAACCAGCAACAUUUCAGUUGAGGAAGGAGGUGUUCUUAACGUACAAAAAUCAUGGAACCGUCAGCAGCUUCCGUCAUCUGUUACUCGUGGCGUGAGAUCGCGGCCACUGGGAGAUGCCUCGACGAAAGUGGAUACAGUUCCUUUGCUAAGCCCAACGAUGGAGUCCGAGCUUUUGAAGGAGCCCUGGGUAUUCCCGCGCACAAAGGCGAAUCCUACGAAAAAAGAGGAUAUUGCGGCACUCUCCGCCUGGGAAGAGGACUUUCAGGAUCUGAGCAGUUGGUGCAUGGACACGUUCCAGGGUCAAUGCGAUUUUCAUAUAGGUGAAUCGACUACGUUUAAACUAUCAGGUACAAAAUACGAGGGUAACGGCGUUUCGAUUGCGGAAGAGGAAGGAUUGUUAAAGGAUUUGACGAGAACGACUGAUGAUGAAAAGUUAGAUUUGAAAAUGGAUACCGUUAAGACGACCAAAGCGUCAAGUGAUAAUCGUCACUUGCUGCUAUCUCCAUCGGAACUCGUUAACGAAUAUGGAUUAGGAAAUAAUAAUAAUAAUGAGGAUAACAACGCAUCCAGCUCGUGGUUAAUGUCACCUGAAUCUACAGCUUCUAAAAGCAGCUCGUCGAGCAAGCAGCUAAACGCAGAUAUUAGCGCGUCACUCCAAUCCGAAGGUCAUGAUUUGGAUUACGUUUCCCCGACGUCGUUUAACGCCAUCACGAAUCAGCGUGAAAUGUGGGAUGAGCUACGCACGAUCGAGACAACCGGAUCGGAUACUUUCGACUUACUGUCGUACCUUUGGGAGGAUGAAAUGCGUUCAGCCAAUGUGUCUACCGAUUCCUCGGCGAUGUUGAAAGUCAGAUCACUCGCAACGUCGUCACCGGUACUAUCAUUUACCUCUACGAAGGUAAAGACGGAGGAGAUCAACGAGCCGACGCCACCUUCGACGCGUCGAAGGAUGGAAACCCGCGCAACAUCGACGAUAACGUCAUCCACGGCGAAAACUCCCGCAGCGUCUCGAAGAUCGGAGAGAACGAGGAUAGCGAUGACUAAAAGCAAAGAAAGAGAGAGAGUCACCAGUACAACUGUCACCAGUACAAAGACGAAGGAUAAGAACGGAAGGAAAAGGUAUUACGAAGAGAGUGAUUCUGAUGACGACGUCGCCCUUUCCCAAUAUAGGGAAUGCCGCGAGAAGAAUAACGAGGCUUCGCGAAGAUCGCGAAUGAACAAGAAAGCCAAGGAAUCAGAAAUGAUCAAGAGGGCGACCGAUCUGGAGAGGGACAACAAGAUACUGAAGAUGAAGGUCGAGGAGUUAGAGAAGCUGGUGACGUCGAUGCGCAACGCGUUAUUACGAUCUGCUUUAAAGAAAGAAUUUUAAGUACGCAUUAAUUAAUACCUAGACGUUUCCACACGAUCUGUCGAGCAUAAUCUAAUAAGCCACCAUUUGUUACAUUAUUGUCAAGCAUGCGCCAUUAUUAAACGCGAUGAUGUAUUUUACGAAAGAGUUAUGUUGAACUUAUGUUGAACUUAUUUGCCUUAAUUGUCUUAAUGGAGUUAAAAGCGUUCUUAAAGGCUUAUUGUUAUCGUUAUUUUCAUAUUGUUUUAUAUCGAGAGACGGUUUUUUGUACUAAUCUUGUCUCCCAUCUCGAGUAUAUCUAUCUAUAUCGUUACGCAAUUUAAUUGUCCCGACUAAACUAAUCGCGGACUAGCGAUAGAUAAUUGUGUACGCUGCUGCAGUGCGCGUAAAAAAUGUUUUAAAAAAUACAACGUUUGACUUGCUGUAUAUCAGUAUCAAGCUGAAAUAUUAUAUAUUAAAGAAAAGUUUAUUUUGUUAUAACGAGA